AUGGAGCACGGUGAAGACCGCGACCACAAGAGGCUCCUGGAAGAGACAAACGCGCUCCUCAAGCUCACUGGGUAUGGAAACCACGCAUUUGAGAACAUCAACGAGCUUGUCAGCAGUAUCUCGUCGAUGUGUGUUGCCCUCUAUGAGCGUUUCUUCGACGUGCGUCUCGACAACGUCCGCCGUGAGCCACGCACUCUCGACGAUUACAGCCAUAAUGCUCAACUUGUUGUGGAUGGCCUGUCCGCCGCUCUUCUCACGGAAGAACUGCAACAUGUGACUGGUGCCAAAGUAUGUGGUGGUGACCUUGCCUGCAUUCGUGAACUCGUUCGGGUGUUGACUCAAGUCUACCAAGUGCUGCAUCGGCCUGCGUCACGACUGGCUUCCAGCAGUAGCAGCAACGAUUUGGCCCUGGAUGAAACGUUCUACAUCAAGCGGCAGCCCAAGAAGAAGAAGUCAAGGACUAAAAAGAGUGCAAACACGAGCAGCAAAACCACCAUUGAACUGGGUGAUCCAUCAUUGCUCACCACUAAAAAAUACGGCCGCUUUGUACCUCUUGGUGGAUCAUCCAAUGCUGGGAGCAACAAUGGCGGCAACGACAGGUGGCCGCAGCCCAAUGGGGCUUCGAAAGCGUCUCGCGGCAAUCAGUCCACGGCAUCCCGGCCACGGUCGUUCACCUCAGCAAAGUCCAAAUCCAACGCAGUUUCGAACUCAACUCGACCUCCCACAACAUCGACGCCAGUGGUCCGAGCGCUCGGCUUUGGAAGCGUAUCGUCUGUGUCAUUAGCCGAUAGUGGCGACAACGAGCUCACUGGUCUGACUUUUUCAGACUCGAACGACGAUCUCACGUCAGUGAGUCGCUUGAGCCGCGAGUUAUCCGAGGGGGCAUCGGAACUGGCAGGUGUGCCUCCUCGACAAGACACGCGGCACGAGCAUGAUGGAGGGUCCCUGCAUGUUGACGAUUUGGCUGCGCCGCAGGAGAAGCCCCCCACUCCACCAUCUCAGUUGUCCAAACCGCUUCAGUCAACCCAAGCGAUUUUUCCAUCGUCCUUCACGUCAUGGAAUGCCGACGACGCGCCUCGAUCACCCGAACCCACGAAAAGUCGGCCUGUCACGAUCCAGCAGCCACCCGCGGCGCCGUCUAAACUCUUCAAAUCCCAUGUUGCCAAAGUGCGACCCCUUCACCGCGUGGCAACCCCUGCAUCGAAAGAUCGCGUGCAGCAACGACGAUACAAGGCCCUACUGAACGAACAUGUCAAAGACAUGCGAGUGAAAGAAAUGAAGUUGAACCAGCACAUCGCACGGUCGUUUCAAAAUCGAAAGCACGCCGAUCACAUUGAGCAGAUUCGAACCAAAAAGCUGCACGACGAGCUCAAGCUGCAACGAAUAGCCCUCAGCGUCCAGCAGAAACGAGUCGAAGCACAAAACUUGAAGAAUACGAUGGAACACAUUCUCUCGCUGGAAAAGAUGCGCCUCAAGCAGGAGCAUGAAAUGACGACAGCAGCUCUCCACGCCAUCCACCGACAGCACGCAGACCGAGAGCAGGCCUUGGAGAACUACUUUGCCAACCAAAUCGAGUUGGUCAAGGAGCAGCGCGAACACGAAGUGCGCGAACGAACCCUGGUUCAACAGGCACACAAACUCGCUUCUGAACAAAUGCUUCGGGAACUUAGAAGCAGUCGAGAAAUGGAGGUCGCGGCGUUGAUGGAGCAGAGAAGACACUUGGCUGACGUCCAACAAGUGCGCCAAGAGUGGAAAGCGGAGCGAUUCGUUCAGCAAAAGACAAUGCACUUAAUGGACUUUUCAAAGAAGAAGAUGGAUCCGUUUUACGCGGCAGCCAUGAAGUCGCGGGCCAAGCGGAUUGAGGGUGCGAUACAGACUGGGGCCAAAGGACGAAUUGUGAAAAGUGUUGACAAAUGA